UCAGGGCGUGUAUAUAUCUCACCUCACACGUCUUCCUUUUGUUGUUCAGUUGACCAUCGGCACCAUAGCCGGAAAACCGCCAUAACUUCCGGUGUUGCAGAAAUUAAUCUUUCAAAGAUUUGGGUCUAGAAGCAAACAUACAUUCAAGCUUUCUUUCUCUCUUAUAUAAUAUUAAUAAUAAUAUGGGAGUGAAGGUGGCGACUGGGUGUUGUUUAAAUUGGUCACAACCUUCAAUUUCACACUCACCGUCAUCUUCAAAACGACGUAGUUUAACAGACUUCUCAUUAGUCUGCCGCUACGUUCACCCGUCGUCAUCAUCAUCAUCGUUUGGCGCCAAACUCAACAGAUCUCGCUCAUGCGAAACCUUCAUAUCAUCAAAACCACAAAAAUCUUCAAUAAAACGGAUCGUAAGCGCAACCUUCGAUUCACAUUACUCCGGUGAGGAAUUCAAAUUCUCGCCGGAUAUUCACGACUUCACCGUUAGAUUCCAAUUAUCCGAUGAUGACGUCACCGAUUCCGAUGAUGACGUCACCAAAAAACCGGAUUCUGGUCAGCUCUCUGGCGGAGUUAGUAAAUGGUUUGGGGAUAUGAUUCCGGCGAGUAUCGAACGAAAGGCGAACAGUGUGGAUUUGCCGUUUUCGCUGCGAAUUAUACAAAAGAAGAAACAAUGGGAAGAAGGGUUUAGAGAAGCGGGUGAAUUCGCUUAUUGUUCAAUGAAGAAAGCGUUUUCGUCGAUGGUGUUUAUAAUUCGGGAGCUUCAGAGUUAUACUUUGCAAAUGAGGGAAGUUUUGUUUGUUGAAGAUUUACAAGAGAUUUUGAUGAGAGUUCAGAAAGAGAUGAAUGCGUCUUUCGUUUGGUUGUUCCAGCAGGUUUUUUCGCAUACGCCGAAUUUGAUGGUGUGUGUUAUGAUCCUUUUGGCGAAUUAUAGCGUUUACUCGAUGUCGAAUCAAGUUGGAGUUGUAGGAUCGCUGCCUUCCGCGACAGUGGAGACAGUUUCCACUGUUGCGGAUCAGACGAAUAGUGAGUUUGAUUCGUCGACUGUCAAGACCUAUUCGGUUACUCCAGGUGGCAAAACAACUUCAAUAGGCGGAAUCAACGGCGGUGGCGGGAAAUUCCGGCCAGCGACUAGUGGCACAGAUGGCGACGGGAGGUUUGAUCAGCAAAAUGAACAUCAAACGAUCGUUCCUGAUGGACCUUCAUCGUCGACUUUAAAUCCAACGAGUACAAGUGAGGAGUUGGUUUCUGGUGAGGCGGAGGAAUUGGUUUUAUGGAAGUCGAUUGAGGCGGAAGCUGAGAAGAUGCGAGAAGUGAGCAAAGUUGCGGGUUUGGACAGUGAAACAAUGCGAAGAUUCGUGUCGCCGGUGAAUGUGAAAAUGGAAGAAGAAGUAGACACUGGUGUGUAUUUGAAAACGGAGCUUGUUUACCAAAUGGGGUUGUUAGAAGAACCCGAUAACCCGCUUCUUCUUGCUAAUUAUGCUCAGUUUCUCUACCUCUUUUAUCAUGAUCAUACAAGGGCAGAAGAAUACUUCAAAAAAGCUACAAAAAUAGAGCCAAAAGACGCUGAAGCAUUCAACAAAUACGCAAGCUUUUUAUGGCAUGCUAAAAACGACUUGUGGGCUGCUGAAGAGUCCUUUUUGGAAGCCAUUUCUGCCGAUCCUAAUAACCCUUUUUAUACGGCUACUUAUUCACAUUUUCUAUGGAGCAACGGCGCCGACGACACUUGUUUCCCACUCGGGUCACCCGAGAAUGUCAACUCCGAUGAAGCGUAACAACCACGACUGACUCGGUUCACCGGAGAAUGUCAACUUCGAUGAUGAGGUUUUUAAUCAUGAUUAUGAGUUUAGAUAUAUGAGAAAGAAAAAAAAAAGAGAAUAAUAAGUUUUACUACGGCAAUCAAUUUUUUGUUAGGCUUAGUUUUUUUUUUUGUUUCCAGAGACGGAAUGGUUAAGUUCAGAGUAAUAGUUUGUGUUAGUUGUAUUUUGUUUUGUGAAAGUUGUAUGUUGCUCUGGGCUUAGUGAUAAUUGUUCUGGGAAAGAUCCAGAAAAAAGUUUUGAUGUACAUUAUUUUAUUUAAUAAAAGAGAAUCGAGUCUUUUGAGUUUUGA